AUGGAAGUUUCUACAGAGCCAAACACGAAGAUCGAUGAAACCUCUCACGAUCUUUCUUUUUCCAAUUCAAUCGCCGGCGAUCAAAACUGGGACAAAUUCCCCUUCUUCCGUCACCGUUCACGGCAAAUCACCCGCGACACUUGGCUCGUCUCGGUCUUCGUGCUUCUUCAGAUCGUCAUCUUCGCUGUAACUAUGGGCGUUAACGACUGCUCCAGAAACUCUCACGGUCAUUGCGCCGGUAAUCUCCUCGGCCGAUUCUCUUUCCAACCUCUCUCCGAGAAUCCUAUGCUCGGUCCCUCCGCUUCGACCUUCGAACACAUGGGAGGUCUUUACUGGAAUGCUCUGGUAGAGAAACACGAGAUUUGGCGUAUAUUGACAUCUCCGUGGCUGCACAGCGGAUUGUUUCAUCUUUUCAUAAAUCUUGGGAGUUUGGUUUUCGUUGGGAUAUACAUGGAGCAGCAAUUUGGACCAUUGAGGAUUGCAGUAAUAUACUUCCUCUCUGGCAUUGUGGGUAGUCUGUUUGCUGUGUUGUUUGUUCGAAACAUCCCAUCAAUCUGUUCUGGUGCUGCUUUCUUUGGGUUGAUUGGAGCUAUGCUUUCUGCACUUGUAAGGAACUGGAAUCUAUAUAGCUGCAAGAUUUCAGCCUUAGUGAUAAUAAUCACUAUCUCCACUGUCAAUUUCCUGAUAGGCUUUCUCCCUUACAUAGACAAUUUUGCAAACAUUGGUGGUUUCAUAUCAGGAUUCCUUCUUGGAUUUGUGCUUCUAUUCACACCACAGCUCAGACAGGUUCCUCCAACACACAAGGGAAAAUUGUUUGAAGAUGAUAUGAAAACAUCCACAAGGCUUAAAGAACAGUUUGACAGACCGGUACUAAGGAUUAUAUGCCUGGUCUUGUUCUGUGGAAUACUUGCCGGGGUUCUAAUAGCAGCUUGCUGGGGCAUCAAUCUAAACCGUCAUUGCAAUUGGUGUCGCUAUAUUGACUGUGUUCCAACUAGAAAAUGGAGCUGCAGCGACAUGUCUAGUUCUUGCGAGGCAAUGGUGAGUGAUGCUCAGUUAACACUGACCUGCAUGGCCAAUGGAAAGUUCCGGAUAUUUCCUUACACCAAUAUCUCACAAGCCAGGACACAAGACCUCUGCACACUCGUCUGCUCUUAA